GGGAACGUUAAAUUCCCCUCUGUCUCUUUGGACUGACGGUCCUCACUUAGAUCAGUAGGUGAAAUCCUUCUUAUGCUUCCUCCGCUGUCUCAUCAUUUGCCACAUUGCAUUUUUUUUUUGCCUGCAUUUGUGUUGAGUCUCAAACAAAAGCUAUGGCUACGUUCAGAGCACUGAUAAAAUUCUGCAAGAAUUCGCAAGCGCAGCAGCAAGUGUGCAGACUUCACUUGUCAUCGUCGAGACAGGAAGCAGUGGUGAUAUCGGGCCGGAAGCUGGCCCGUCAGAUCCGAGAGGAGGCACGGUGGGACGUGGAGCAGUGGAUUUCGGCCGGGAACCGGCGCCCCCACCUCAGCGUGGUGCUGGUGGGAGAAAAUCCAGCCAGCCACUCCUACGUCCUCAACAAGACCCGCGCCGCCGCCGACGUCGGCAUCAGCAGUGAGACCAUCCUGAAGCCCUCCAGCAUCUCUGAAGAGGAGCUCGUAGACUUGAUCCACAAACUCAAUACUGACCACAGAGUAGAUGGCCUGCUGGUCCAGCUCCCACUGCCAGAUCACAUAGACGAAAGGCGCGUGUGCAAUGCAGUGAGCCCCGACAAGGACGUGGAUGGCUUCCAUGUGGUCAACGUGGGCCGCAUGUGCCUGGACCAGUCCACCAUGCUGCCUGCGACUCCCUGGGGAGUCUGGGAAAUCAUCAAACGCACAGGUAUUCCCACGCUGGGGAAGAACGUGGUGGUGGCCGGCCGUUCCAAAAACGUGGGCAUGCCCAUCGCCAUGCUGCUGCACACCGACGGCCGACACGAGAGGCCAGGGGGUGAUGCAACAGUCACCAUCUCCCAUCGCUACACUCCUAAGGAACAGCUCCAGCAGCACACGAAGAUCGCGGACAUCGUUAUCGCUGCUGCCGGGAUCCCCAACCUGAUCACUGCCGAUAUGAUCAAGGAAGGGGCAGCCGUCAUCGAUGUGGGCAUCAACAGAGUGCAGGACCCUGUCACAGGCAAGAGUAGGCUGGUGGGCGAUGUAGAUUUUGAAGGGGUACGACAGAAGGCCAGCUUCAUUACUCCAGUGCCAGGUGGAGUGGGGCCAAUGACUGUUGCCAUGCUUAUGAAGAACACAAUCAAGGCGGCAAAGAACCUCCUUCCGUCAUCUGAAGAACGAAUCCGUAUGAUGGCAUCCUCAUAAUUGCCCUGCCUCCCCCAACCCCCCCAAAAAUCAAAGCAAAAAACAAAUUGUGAGACAUUCCUCACCAUUCUACUGCUUAGUUGGAACAUUUUGCCAACGCACUUGCACAAAGGCCGACUCAAUUGCAAUAGCCCGAAGAUGUACUUUCGAAAUAUGUGCUUACCGUCAA